AUGCUUGCUUGCUCGAUAAUAUCUAAUUCUCCCUCCUCUGCUACCUUGUCUCCCGCCAUCCGCAAUCGCACUAUACGAUCCAAACAAACCAUCACGAUCUCCUUAUUCAUUUCUCUUUUCUCUUUUUCCUUUUUUUCCCUUUUCCUGUUCAUGUCUAUACAUAACUACGAUCUACCUGCUUGGUUCGUUGCCUCGAAAAACCCUCUCGCCGUUCUACUCUUAUCUUGGCAUAGGGAUUGGAAUUGGACGACCGUCGUCAUCCUCAUACAUGACAUAUCUUUCCCUCGGUCGAUGCCACCAUUUUCUCUUCCUUCCAACUUCUCCUGCUCUGUACUGCUCCGGAUAUGGCUACAUUGGUUGCUCUGCUGUCUAUCGUUCUCUUUCCUUUUUGGCUUAGCUAGCAUGGUCCAGCCAGUCAGCUAG